GGGCGGAGAAGUAAAACCAGGCCCCGGCAGGGACGCGGGGCUGGAGCCGGAGCCGCCGCCGCCAGGGCAAGGAGAUGAUAGGUGGAAAUGAAUCCUGUACUGCAGGACCGAUACCUAUGUCCUACUUAACCUGCCUGACUUACAUUCUGGGAGAAUGGACUGGCGUGGAGCAUAUUGAAGAUUAUCUGAGUUAUGCAGUCUACCUUUUGUGGGUGCUUUUUCCACUUGCAGUAGUUUUCCUACUUCCAGGAGUUCUCGUCAUCCUCUUCUACAGUUCCAUUCUCUUUCUUCAUAUUUAUAAAAGGAAGAAUGAACUGAAGGAAGCUUAUUCCAAUGAUUUUUGGGAUGGUGCAAAACAAAUGUUGGCUACCCUAUGGGAUGGACAUGGAAGAAUAUGGCAUGGUUAUGAGCUUCAUGGUACAAAAAACAUUCCUGAAGGACCAGGGCUUAUUGUGUUUUAUCAUGGAGCUACUCCUGCUGACUAUGUCUAUUUCACAGCGAGGCUUCUUAUACGAAAUAAGAGAUACUGCCACGUAGUAGCUGAUCAUUUCGUCUUCAGAUUGCCAGGUUUUAAAAUAUUACUUGAUGUACUUGGAGUUAUGCAUGGACCAAAAGAAGUAUGUGUCAGUGCUUUGAAGAAGGGCCGUCUGCUGGCCAUUGCCCCAGGUGGUGUUCGGGAAGCACUCUUUAGUGAUGAAAUGUAUACUAUUAUCUGGGGUGAUCGGAAGGGCUUUGCUCAGGUGGCCAUUGAUGCAAAAGUGCCCAUCAUUCCUAUGUUUACACAAAAUGUUCGAGAAGGCGUUAGGACAUUAGGAGGAAUAAAAAUACUUAGGUCACUAUAUGAACGUAUUAGAUUGCCUAUAGUUCCUCUGUAUGGUGGAUUUCCAGUCAAACUUCGUACAUUUAUUGGAGAACCCAUUCCAUAUGAACCAAAUAUAACUGCUGAGGAACUAACUGAAAAGACAAAAGCAGCACUUGAAGCUCUAAUAGAAAAACAUCAGAAAAUACCAGGAAAUAUAUUUAGGGCUUUAAUGGAACGAUUUCAAACACACAAGAAAGAAGAUUAAGGUCUUCUGGAUAAACUACUACUUAGUUAUAAUAUUCUUAGACUCCUAUUAGUAAAUUAUUCAUUCUUUUAAUAAUAGGUUUGAAGUACUGUCCUAAUAGUACUGAUAUAGAACUUAAGGUAUGAGACACUUUCCCUUGACCUUCACCUGUCCAGUAUCAAGCUCAGGAACCCAAACUUGAAAUCAUUUGCAAUACGGCAAAGUUUAUUUUUUGAUAAAUACAUUCCUACCUUAAAAGUGUGUUUUCUUUUUUUUUUUUUUUUUUUUUUUUUUCCCCUUUUAAAUUUUUUUUAUUUAUUUAAAUAGCACUGCAAGUCUUUGUGUACACAGGGUCUUCUCUCUUCCCCUCCCUUCCCCCAGGAAGCUCUUUAAACUGAACGUUAGGCUUGCUGCAGAGCUUGAGUCUUAUUGUCUUCAAUGACUGCAACUAGCUUUUGCAGGCCAGGUUAAUGCCAUACAGCAUUUAUGAAAACUUCUUUUAGAGUUUACUCCUGUGCUGCUAGAAAACAAUCACAUUCUGUGUCUUGCAGAACUUCUAGCUAUGCCUGCAAAGCCUAGGGUGAGAAGUGUUUCUGAGCUUAACACAGUAAAACUAAAGAGUUUGCAGGAGAGAAAAUUGCUUAGAUACCUCCAGUGAACCAAGGAAGUUUUCUGCAGAAACCACUCCCGUGUGGUGAACAAGAACCCUAGAGCACAGUUGCUAUUCCAAGCCCAGUCAUUUUGGAUAUCUGCCCUUGAGCAGAGAGUUGUCCUGUAUUCUUCUCUGUCAAUCUGCAAAUUCUCCUUUGCAAGAAUGAGCCAAGCAUUUAAACUUUAGAAGUGGAAAUGAGAGUACUGUUCAGUUACAUGAGUUUGUAAAGCUUUAUUUUGAGGGAAGGAAGUACAAUUAGUCCUUUUAAAAGUGGUAGUUCUUUUGAAAAACAGGAUAGACAUUCCUAAAUACCCCUUAAAUUUAGUAUGUAUGUAAGCUGUUAAAUAUUCAUACUCUUCAAACACAGUUAUUUAGGUGAGUUGAGGGUUGAGAGGGAAACCCUCUGUACUUUGCUUAAACGAAAACAAUUGAAUGAAUAGGAAAGAGUUGCAGGAUGUGGCUUCUGUGCACUUACAGUAAAGUAUAUUAUUAUAUUUUUUCUGAACUAAAACCUAUGCUUUUCUUGUCCAAAUAGGAAAUAUCUGGAAUAUUUCCUCUGAUUGCCAGCAAGUUUAAUAUACAGUUCUUAAAUUAACAUCUGGGAGCUCUUUACUUUUGGGAUGAAGGCAAAUUCCUUAAGGAAAGACAAAAUAAGUUUUCUGUAUAUCAUGUGAUCUCCUUUCAGUAUUGUUGGGGUUUGAACUUUUCUUAAAAACAAAACAACAAAAAAACCCCCCAAAACCCCAAAACAAAACAAAACAAAACCCCAACAAAACCGAGCCCCCCAACUUUUGGAAGGACAAUUAUAUUCAAUUUAGUAUCCAUCCCUAUCAGCAUUUAAACAAAUGCUUUGAGUUAUACUCUUAUAAGUGUGUGUAUUGAUGAGAGCAUGUAAGUGCAUGUGGGUGGUGCCCUGUGUUAGAAAAAUAUCACUUUAUGGGGAAGAGUAUAAAUUAUGGCUUAUAAAAAGUGAAAAGCUCACUUGUGAUGUUGCUCUAUAUCAAAGACAUUUUAUGUGGUUUUGAGUUGAACUUGCUAAAGCUUGGGGAAGAAUCAUGUUACAUAAAAUGAAAUGCCCAUUCUGAAGUUUUGUAAAUUCCUUGAGUAUUAUUUGAAGGCAAAAUCAUGUUCUUUUAAAUUUAUUGAAAUUUUUCCCAAUAUGUGAAUUUUUUUUCUUAAAUAUUAUGUUAACAAAAUGUCAUUAAAUUGAUAAUGCCAAGCUCCCACACCGGACCAUAAGUAUGACUUUUUUCUUUACUGCCCAUCUUGAGAAAAGUGUACAUCAUUCUAUUAUAAUGAAAUUUUCAAAGGCAGCUGAACAAACUUUGUGUUGAGGUUGUGUGUAUGUAAAGGAAAACUCAAUGUAAAAAUUUCUAUUAUACAUGAACAGACCUUUGUGAUUUGGAUUUUGUCAAAUCUAUUUUACUAAAUAUGCUUGCAGUUUUGUCCCUUUAAGUAUUGAAAGAUGAGUAUAAGAAUGAGGGACAGUAUUGGUACUCUUUUAAGUUGUCAUAUUUGUAUAGGUCUUUCAUAUUUAUUUCUACAUAUAAAAAAUGAUGUAUAGAAGAACCUUUCGAAUAAAAUUGACAACUAGAACAGA